AUGGCGCAAGGUGACGGAAAUUCCAUCAGUGGCUCAUUUGUAUGUCAAGUCAGUCCAAUUACUGGCUCUGCGCAAUGGAAUCUGGUUGAUCUGGACUACGCUUUUGAACAGGAAAUUGCCCGUUCCGCCUAUGCUGACAUGCUACACGAUUCGGAUCGAAACCGAAAGUACCAUGAGGCCAUCUGCCACGUGAUACAUCACAUGAAAUCCACACAACCCGAACGCUUGAUUCACGUCCUUGACAUUGGCACGGGCACAGGCAUCCUCUCUAUGAUGGCGGCCCGAGCAGGCGCAGAUACCGUUACCGCCUGUGAGGCCUUCUCUCCUGUGGCCAGGUGUGCGAAACGGGUUAUCCAUGCCAAUGGUCUACAAGAUCGUAUUCGUGUGAUUGGGAAGCGCUCAACUGACCUUGUGAUUGGACAUGACAUGGAACAACGUGCAAACGUCCUCGUGGCCGAACUCCUUGACACCGAAUUGAUUGGCGAGGGGACCUUGGAGACGUACAAGCAUGCUGCCGAGCACCUACUGACUCCAGAUGCCGUUUUGAUUCCAUGCAAGGCCCGUAUGUUCAUGCAAGUUGUGGACUCGCCAUUUCUUUGGUCGCAUCACAAAAUAUGCCCGCUUCCGGCCCAGGGAUCAGGUCUACCGCAUCCCCAGACUUCCAUCUUUCCCACACAAUCAAUACAGGACUGUUCUGGUUGUCCAUCGGUCUUUGAUAUUCAGGUCUCCCAGCUGCAUAGUCUAGAUGGAGCUGAACAAAAUGGGCAUCAGAGGGGGAGAGGAUACGUGAGGUGCCUGCUCGACAAACCUGUACAGUUUCACGAGUUUCCAUUCUCGCCGCCUUCCUCAAAUAUAAGGUUACACGAUUCUAAGCGCAUAAUUGUGACUCAGCGGUUCGGGAACGAAACUCAAUUCUGUCACCCGGUCAGCCUUGCUCGCGUCACUUCCAAGAGUGAGGAAACGCUUGAGAGCUUCUCAAAGACGGUCGCCACUUCCGCGUCUGUGUCCCAAACUCUAGGCUUUGCCGUUGACUUGGCGGAAGCGAAGUGCACUAAGCUGGCUACCUGGUAUCGAAACGAAAAUUGCCGCAAGCGUAUAGAACAUGCUUUUGCUUAG